AUGCCCGUUCUGGGCAUAGGCCGCGAUGAGGAUGGUCCACGAGAAGACGUUCCGUACGGGGAGGGAGUCAAAGGCGGUCUUGGCGUCGCGCACGCUGCCGCAGCGGCCGUACAUCUGGACGACGAGAUUGUUGAGCACGACAUUCUUGUCCUGCCCCGAGGAGACAAUAUGCGCGUGGAGGCGCUUGCCGUAGGAGAGGGAGCAGUGGCGGAGGAGGGAGGCGUAGUUAUCGAAACUAGGCGAUGGGAGCUCCAGUUCUUGCGGAUCAUCCGAGGUGUGCUCCUGGCUGGCGACCGAGUUGUCGCGAUCCACGGGACCUGGAAGCGCCGGCAAUGUUGUUACGCUGCUUACAUCACUAACGCGAGCGUUGUCGCUGGGAAGCUCAACGUCCAUCUCGUUGCUCACAGUCACGACGAUGUUGGGUGGAUCAAAACGGUGGACGACUACUAUGACACUGUUAAGGGCAUUCUUGACUCAGUCCUGGCUUCCCUGCAAGAGAACCCGGACAGGAAAUUUGUGGAAGUUGAACAGGCAUUCUUUAGCAGAUGGUGGAACGAGCAGAACUCUAGCGUUCAGGGGGUCGUGAGGCGGCUUGUCAAGUCUGGGCAGCUCGAAUUUGCAAAUGGUGGAUGGUGCAUGCACGAUGAAGCCGCGACUCACUACGCGGAUAUGAUCGAUCAAACUACACUCGGUCACAGGUUUCUCAAGCAAGAGUUUGAUGUAGUUCCUCGCAUUGGAUGGCAAAUAGACCCGUUUGGACACUCCGCCGUGCAAGCAUAUCUCCUAGGCACUGAGCUUGGCUUUGAUGGUCUGUUCUUCGCAAGGAUCGAUUAUCAAGACAGGCUUAGGAGGACCCGAGACAAGAACCUCGAAUUCGUCUGGGAAGGAUCAAACACCUUGAAGUCUGACAAACAGUUGUUUACGAGUGUGUUUCUUCGCCACUACAAUCCCCCAAAAGGAUUUGAUUACGAAGGAAGCGGUGGAAUUAUCAUGCAGGAUGACCCUUCCAAAGGCGCUACGAACAUAGGGGAGCGUGUAGAAGCGUUUGUAAACGCAGCCAAGGUGUAUGCAAAUGCGACUCAAACAAAUCAUGUCAUGUGGACGAUGGGAGACGAUUUCAAAUACUACCGCUCUGCAGAGUGGUACACUGAGAUGGACAAGCUGAUCCACUACGUGAAUAAGGAUGGUCGAGUGAACGCUCUGUACUCGACGCCAUCCAUAUAUCUGGAUGCUAAGCACGCGGCUGAUCAAGUGUGGAAUGUCACAAAGAAUGACUUCUUUCCAUACGCGGACAAUAAGGACUCGUUCUGGACAGGAUACUAUACCAGUAGACCCGUCUUGAAGGGCUACGUUCGUGCUCUUUCUGGUUACUUACAGGCGGCUCGGCAACUGGAGGCCUUGACAGGAAAAAGAGACCAUCCAAACACAGAUAAUUUGUGGCGUGCCUUGAGUGUUGUACAGCAUCACGAUGGAGUCAGUGGCACCGAGCGGCAAAAGGUGGCUGACGACUAUGCUAGACUACUUGCUAUCGCAGCUUCCGAGGCUGAGAAAUCAAUGAACUUGGCUGCUUCUUGCUUAGCAGCCGGCGUUUCUCCAUCCGACUGCCUCAGAAAGAACGUUUCUUCCGACGCCGUUCAAUGUCCUCAUCUCGAUAUAAGUUUUUGCCCCUCGUCCGAAAACAUUACCAGUGACAAGCCUUUGGUUGUCACUGCCUAUAAUCCUCUUGGAUGGGCUCGUGAGGAAUACAUUCAAAUACCGGUGAGCUCCAACGCUCUUAUUGUCACAGACGCUACUGGCAAAGCAGUGGACUCACAGCUAGCACCCAUCAGUGACGCAACCAAAAAGCUUAGAAAGCUUCAUGCCGAGCUAGAUAUCGGCGUAAUACCAGAAGACGAAACUCUUUACUCGCUCGUCUUUAAGGCAGUGGUUCCUCCUCUUGGCUUCAGCUCCUACCUUGUCAAGCCGUCCAAGCCCAAUGAAAAUGGUUCAGCUGGAAACUCUAGAGUAUAUGAGGCAAAUAUUACGGAUUCGUCGACUGAGUACUUUUGGUACACUGGCGAAGUUGGAGGCCAGAACUCUGGUGCAUAUAUCUUUCGACCAGCUGAUAACAAUCCAACUCCAGUAACAUCAUCUGUUUGGCUGGCUGUGGAGGGGCCUUUGUACAAGGCACGCCGACGACAAGUUUCACCUUGGAUUUACGAAGAGCAUCGUCUUUACAAUGGCGAAACCCAUAAUGAGCUUGAGAUCACGGUUGGCCCCAUUCCACUGGAUGAUGGCGUUGGAAAGGAAGUCAUUGUGAAGGUCAAGGCGAACACAACGAGCAACAGCAAGUUCUACACUGAUUCAAACGGCCGGGAUUUUCUAGAACGAGUGCGAUCAAAGCAAGUGACUCAGCCCGUUGCUGGAAACUACUAUCCCGUAAACCUGGGAAUUUAUAUCAACGAUAACCAAACGGACUUGUCACUUCUUGUCGAUCGAGCUUCAGGAGCGUCGAGUAUCAACGAUGGUGAAGUUGAGCUCAUGCUUCACAGACGUCUAAUGGCCGAUGAUGAAAGAGGAGUCUCCGAAGCUUUGGACGAGCAAGUUUGUAUUGGGUCACAGGAAUGCGAAGGUCUAACGGUUAGAAGGAUGGUUUACGUAAAUUCGGGUCCCGUCAAGGAAGCAAGCCGAUGGCGUCGUCUCAAAGGCCAGAGAAUUUACUCUCCACUCCAGCUCUUUUUCAGCACUCCGAGUGGACAAAAUGUUCCUAAGCAAUUCUCGAUGGUAAAGAGUGGAUAUGCUCUUCCAGACAAUGUCGCGCUUCUCACAAUCCAGGAGCUGGAGGAUAAAUCCAUCCUCGUGAGGCUGGCUCACUUGUUUGAGGCCGGGGAAGACGAUACCCUCUCCAAGCCGGCAAAUGUACAACUCAAACAGCUCUUCUGGCACUGGGAGAUACAAGGUGUGAACGAGCUCUCGCUGUCAACAAACCAAGACAAGAGCAGCAUGAAGAGGCGUAUGGAAUGGAAAGUGGCCGAAAAAAGCGAAGGUGGAGCCAAGCGUGGAGCUCGGAUCGACCAAAAGUCGCUGCUUGUGGAGCUCGGGCCGAUGGAAAUUCGUACCUUGCAGCUCACUGUCAAGCCAAAGAAUGUCGUAACAUUGAUUUGACCCAAGUAUGUCACAACAUAGAUGGCUUUCCAAAUUCUAGCAGUGUUCUUUCGUUACUAUGGAAGGGUCCACUGGAAAUCUCGCGCUCUCGAUCGCUAUGAGCGCUUGUCACCAUCUUUGAUCCAAACAGGGACUCCUCGCUCCAAUCCUCCACGGGAGAUUACAUGGAGCAAUCAUGAAAUUCUCUACUUUGUCCGCGAGUAACUUUGCGUGCUCUUCUCCUUCAUCG